GAAGUUCGCGGUGUGCGAGGUGAAUGAAGUGUAGUACUUAGUUCAGAGUUCGCUUUGGAGUGUUGAGGUUGCAGUGUAGGUUACGGAUUAUUUUGUGAGAACUUACUUCAACUGAUGUAGAAAUAAAUGUGUUCAAUGUCUCAGAGAGAUACAGUUAUUCAUCUUGUUGCUGGCGGGGUGGCCGGUACGGUUGGCGCAAUAGUGACUUGCCCGCUGGAAGUAGUGAAGACACGCCUCCAGUCUUCGACAUGUGGAUUUCAUGUUCAGAAAGUUUGCUUACCGAAGAUAGCAGCACCUGGGGGUAACAACAGUCAUGUGACAUGUAAAACUAUUCUCCCCCAUCAGCGAAGGAGGCUGACAACUUACGCAGCCCGAAACUCGACGCAAAUCUUGGCCAUUUCACACUGUGGAAUGGCUGGAGCUAAAACCAUGGGACUUCUCCAGUGCCUCAGGCACAUUGUGGAGAAUGAGGGCCCCAGAGCCCUGUUCAAGGGACUAGGCCCCAACCUGGUGGGAGUAGCCCCAUCCCGAGCUAUCUACUUCUGCGCUUAUUCGCAGACCAAGAGCUUUUUCAACUCAGUUCUCAGCCCCGACACCGCCAUCGUCCACGUGUGCUCCGCAUCAUGUGCAGGUUUUGUGGCGUGCACUGCUACUAACCCAAUCUGGUUCGUGAAGACAAGACUCCAGUUGGACUAUGCCAGUAACGGUCAUCGCAUGACGGCAGCUCAGUGCAUCAGGAGGAUCUACAGAACUAAUGGUUUGCUGGGCUUCUACAAAGGCAUCACUGCCUCAUACUUUGGGAUUUCGGAGACUGUGGUACAUUUCGUUAUCUACGAAGCCAUCAAGGCAAAACUGAUGGCAUACCGAUCGGGUCAACCUACCGACUCCAAGUCCUCUAGAGAUUUCCUCGAGUUCAUGAUGGCUGGUGCGGUGUCCAAGACCAUUGCAUCCUGUAUCGCCUAUCCUCACGAAGUGGCACGUACAAGACUACGCGAAGAAGGCACAAAGUACCGCUCGUUCUGGCAGACAUUGGCCACUGUAGCACAAGAGGAAGGCUACCGCGGUGUGUAUCGUGGUCUGGGCACACAGCUCAUUCGUCAGAUUCCUAACACAGCCAUCAUGAUGGCCACAUAUGAGGCUGUGGUGUACGCACUCACAAAGUACUUUGGCUCCCCAGCCACAGAGUUCUAUACUGCUGAUGAUGCUGCUUCAAGUAUGACGAGUCACAGUGAUAUGAUCAUAAGCAGGCCUGUUGAAGAGCAUGAAUUAGCACAGUAGUUUUUACUUACCUUCCUGGUAGGCAGUGUAAUGCAGUGUUAUUCUGAUCAACUAAAAUAUUAUGUUGUUUCUUUUUUGUAUGAACAGCGCAGUGAAGCAGUAACUUAUUAGUAUUUAAUUAUUAACUUUUGUGCCAUUGAACACUAUCGUAGCAUAUUAAUUAUACUGCAUUUGUAAACUGAAUAGUAUGGUUCAGAUUAAAAUGUUCAGUUUAUUGUCCUUUGUGGAUCAUAUGAAGGCACUAAAAUAUUCAGAUAUUCAGUGUUUUUUUACCUUUGAUUUCUCUUUGUUUUGUUGAAUUUUUAAACCUAAAAUGUGCAGUAAUGUGUUGCUUUCAUAGAACCUUCAACAUUUCAGAUGAACUUCCUGUCUUAAGAUGUGUCAUUCUUCUCCAAAAUUGCAUCCCCACCCCAGAAGAGGAGAUUAUUUUACAACCCAAAGAACUUCAAUAUUAAUCAGUAUUGUCAUGAAACCUUUAAAAAAGUAUAUUUCCUAUGGUUCUUAUAACUAUUUAUUUUCAUUCUGAUGCACAACUGUUUUCAUGGAAUCAGGCUUAAUCACCAAGUAGAUAAGCAGUACCACCAACACACUUCAGUACUUGUCUGAACUCUGUGUGGGACAAUUAUUGUUUCUGUACUGAUGACCACGUCUUAUUUCAAACAAUAUUUUUUAUUAAUUAACCUGUUUUAUUUUAUGGACUGUAUUCAGAAGUCUGUGGAGCAGCUCAUAGAAGUAUCAGUUAAUAAAUUCAUGGGAUUGAUAUCCAAAGUAAAAAGUUAAUUAUAAUCAGUAGUAACAAACAACGUGAUUCAUUCCUUUCAUUUACCUGUUCAAAACAGCAAUACUUUUGAAGAGUAUGGUUAUCUGUAUUGUAAGUCUGCAUAGUUUGGAGAAAGCCCGACAUUUCAGGGGAACAUAUUUCCUC